AUGUCUCUCAGUGGUGAUAUCUCCACUUUAAACCCCAAAACUGUCUUCCCCAACAAGGCCGGAGAAGUCUCCCGUCCCUCAUACGUGCCAGCUUCCUUGCCCAUCCAAACAAACAACUUCUACGCCAACCUUUUACUUGACUCCCACGAUCAACCCGUGUGGACAAACCCCUACAAGUUUACCUUUGAUGAACAAAACUGCAAUGUAUACUACCCCAUACCCUCCGACUUGGUCUACAGUCCCACCCCCGUCAAGUACUUCUACUACCCGGCGGGAAUCAACCAUUUGACGUUCACGUCGUCUGACUUCACCACCGCUCCGAAGUUUACAAUCAGCCUGCUCAACAAGUUUAUGGUGACUCCCCAGUUUUCCAACAGCGUGGGGGAAUUGUCGGUGCCCUUGGUCCAGGGCAUGGGUCUCGUUACCGCCAUCUACAACUCUGUUGGGUUUAAGUCUGUGGAAGGUCAAACAUGCCAAAACUCCAACCUUCAAAAGAUGAAAAUCACCCUUUUGAAUGGGGCCGUCUACACCAUGUACUUGAGCCAAAAGAUCUCGGUGAAGUUCACUCAGUCGCUGAUUGUGUUUCAAAAAGGAGUGGAUCUGCUCGUGGUACAAAUAGGCUUUGGCAUCUAUGACUACUACGACCAGGUGGCCGGGUGCUACAUCACCAAUGCCACCGUGUCGACCACGUCGUCAUCGUAUACCUGGAAGUACACCACCAAGGGCACAUCUUUGGCCAAGAAGCCUUUGGUGUUUGCUCCUCCUCACAUGGCUGCAAAUUUCGAUACCUCCACAAAAGGAAGUGUGUGCAAUAUCACCACCAACUCGUGCGUGAUGGGCAAGUUGACCGGAUGUAUUACCUCAUCCAUUCGCAUGACGGUCUCACCUCCUAGCACCGGGUUCUCCUUCAAGAAGGAACUGGUUAGUUCGUCCGUACUUUCAGAUUUGAAAACACAGCUCGCAGUUGACGCAACUGCUGAUAUCAGCUCCGAAACCAACUCAGACUCCAUGUACUUCUCCGGCAAGAAGUUCCUCAAGUUCGCCAUGCUCUUGUACAUAUCACAUUACGUGGUGAAGAAUACCGCCACUUCAAAGGCGUUGUUGGCCAAUAUUAAAUCUGCCUACAACCGGUUCAUCAACAACACCCAGCAAAACCCCUUGUUUUAUGACACCAGCUUUGGAGGGGUCGUCAGCAGUGCCCAGAAGGAUGCCGACUUCGGCAACGGCCACUACAAUGACCACCACUUCCACUAUGGGUACCACAUCCAUGCCUGUGCCAUUAUCAUCAAAAUCGACAACGAGAUUGGGGGUGGCUCCUUCAAGACCACCGUCAAAAAUUGGGUAGAGCUGUUGGUGAUGGAUGUGUUCAAUGUCAAUGCCCUGAAUGUCUACUUCCCGUUGACACGGAACUUCGACUUCCACUAUGGCCACAGCUGGGCCAAAGGGUUGUACAGUAGUGGUGAUGGUAAGGACGAGGAAAGCACGAGCGAAGAAUACAACUGCUAUUAUGGCAUCAAAUUGUACACCCAGGUAACGGGGCACUCCAAUGCCGAGGCCUGUGCCAACUUGGUGUUGGGUAUCUUGCACUCGAGUCUUACCAGCUACUUCUAUUAUCAAAAUAACACCAUCAUGCCCUCCGAGUUUGUGUACAACAAGGUGAGCGGAAUUUACUUUGAAAACAAGGUGGAUCAUACAACGUACUUUGGAAACUACGAGAGUUACAUACACGGGAUCCACAUGAUUCCCUUGACGCCACUCUCGUCGUACUUCCGGUCGAAGGCAUUUGUUGCCAGUGAAUGGGGAGAUUUACAAAAUCUGCUUUCUCAGGACAACUGGAUGUCGACAUGUAUGAUGAAUUACAGUCUUGUGAACGCCCAAAAGGCGUACGAUUUUUUCAAGAAUAGCUGGAAGGCCGCUUAUUUGGAUGACGGAUUAAGUCUUACCUACUGCCUUUUCUACUGUGCCAGUAAUAUGUAGUUUCUAAUAUACAAAUGUACACGGUCUAAUGCGACGAUUUUCUUUUCUUUAUGGGUCAACUCCGUCUUUUGAUAGAAAAAUAUCUGCGGCGUCACGGGCAGCUCCGACAGUUCGAGCUGGUUCAUAACGAGACAGAGGCAGUAUCAGAGCCUGCCAAGGCCCCCAAGCAGAGGAAACGAAGGCAGUUGAUAGUUCCACAGAUAGUAGCAGAUGAGGACGAGAUUACCAACACCAAAGUAAAAAUCGCAAUUCCGGAACAAGUAAAACGGCUUCUCGAGCCCAGACGCUUACCGCAUACUAACGGCAACAUUACCUAACACCCGACCAAGUUUCGAUCCUGCACUGGCCCUACACCGACUCCAGUACUGGAAUACACACUAAGGUGGCCAACGGCCAGAGGCGGUGGAGAUGGCCGCGCGCCCGGACAAACCCGCUGCUCGCAGCCUUAUCAUUGGCGGACGGCCCCCACCGAUAAGGCAGUUUUAAUCGGCCCUAAGGCCCGCAACUCCAUUUCAUCUCAGGGUUCGAUCUUCGCCCAGUCAGCAUCUCAGGCGUUAAGAUUACUGAUAACACCAAAUAGGACAAAUGGUGGAGUAAAAAAUAUACAUCUCAUCAUACUAGCACCUCAUCACGAACCAAUCAAUCAUCCACAAACAAAGAACUUUACAUACACAAUCGUGGGUAGACUAAAUAAAAACGAGAAGCGAGACCUCCGCAUAGAAUAACUAUCUAAUGCAUUAUGCAUUCGGCAAAGAGAUUUACCGGAAGAAUCCUUGGUAAACCAGUGCAAAAAAUACCUGAAGAGAAAAGAU